AUGAGACGUUCAGCAAUAGCAAAUAAUGACAAUGAUAAUAAUAACCAAUCACCAACAACAACAAAUGAAAUGAAUCAUCAGCAACAGAAACGUUCAUUAGAAGAUUAUGGUUUUCUAACGAACUUGAAACGACGUCGUCAUCUAUCACCACAAAAUGCAAAUAUAGAUAUGAACAAUGAUGUUGAAACAGUAUCAUUGCCUUCAGUUAAAAAGAAAACACGAACAAAAUCAAAAAAUCAAUCUAUUUUAAAUUCAUCAAUUGAUACAAAUAAUGAACAUAACUCAAUCAAUGAUACUCAAACACUUCGUAAAUUUUCAUCUCGUCAAACAUCUUCGUUAUUAUCUCAACAAAUCAAUGAAAUCACAUUACCCAAUUGGGAACGGAUAUGUCCGAAUAUUGAUCAAAUACUAUCAAAUAAACAUACACAAGCAGGUGUAUUCGCACAUGAAGUACAAUUAGUACAACAAGAACUCGAAGCACUUUUAUCUAUGUCAAUAGUACGAGAAAAUAUAUUUACCAAUCUUUCGAAUUCAUUAAUUAAUAAUGCAGACACAGUGCGUUCACACAUUCGUAAACAUCAAGAAGCUGAACGUAUUUAUACAUCGAAGAAAGCACCGAAAAAAGUAUUACCACCAUUAACAAAGCAUCAUCAUCAAAAACAUAGUGGUCCACAUUUAUUACUUGAUAGACAAGUUGCUAUGGCGCCAAUUCUCGGUGCUCGUAUCGAUCGGAUAUGGACCGAUAUGAGUACAUACUAUCGUAAAAUAUCAUUAAAUGAUAUUUCAACGAUUGAAAAUCUAGUCGAAUUUAAUGGUCAUUUAGAAAAUAAAUUAGAACAAUUGAAAUCAGAUUAUAAUAAUCAAUCAAUAGAUCAAGCGAAUAUAAUCGAACAAUUAAAUGAAGAAAACUAUGAACAAUUAACAGAAAUAUCGCAAUUAGAUCCGUUGAUAACACAUUAUGUUGAUCGAACAACAUUAGGAAGUUUUCAAUCGAAAUUAUAUGAACAUAUGGGACAGACAUCUCCUGUUUAUAAAACGCCUAUAUCAAGUCCAAUGCAUGGACGAAUAUUAGCCAAUAAUUGUGAUUUCAAAGAUUUUGGAGCUUCAUUACGUGUUUCACCACGUCUACAUCCAAAUGAUUAUUCAAAUAAUAAAACCGGUUUAUUCGCUUUACCUAAUCUCAAAUUCGAAGAUGAUUCUGACAUAGUCUCAUCACCACUAUCAACAUCAUUGAUGAAAUGCAAAAAGAAAAGUAAACUCAUAUCUAGUCCAUCGUCUACGAUUAAAUUUCAACAACGUGUGCAACUCGUUCAAAAUUAUUUAACCGAUCAACAUCCAUCAACAAACGAAACAGUUAAAAGACAAUUAUUUAAUGAUGUUAAGCCAGCAAAAAAACGAAAAACUUCUACAUCAAUGUCCAUACCAACGACGAUAAUUAAUAAUGAAAUUUGUACAGAUGCAUUUCAAGCAAAAUUAUCAACAUUAAUAUCCUUAUUGCAUGAAUGUUCAUUAAUAACUUCUUCAGCCUUGAAACAUGCACGUUUACAAUCAGAUAAUGAACAAGCAUGGCAAAAAUUAAACGCCAUUGAACGUGAUUUAGGAACUUUAAUAGAAAAAAUCGAUGCCACGAGCGCUCAUAAUCAUAAUAACAUUACAGAAAAGUCACUUCAAAAUCUUGGUCAACUAUUAGAGGAUUGGAAUAAAUAUGAAGAAGAAUUCGAUCAACAAUUAGAAGAAUUAUAUAUUAUCGAUCAAUAG